GAGUUUGAAUCGGCUCUUGGAGGACUCGCACGUUCGCUCACUGUGUAUUUGGCGCAGGCGCGCUCCCGUCCCAGCGUUCACUGUAUGCGGGUGUGUGCGCGCAUUGUGUGUGUGAACUGCCGGCGAGCUUAAAAAUAUUAUCGAGCGGCGGGAAUGUCUGGCAGGUCAGUGCGCGCGGAGACCCGGAGCAGAGCCAAAGAUGACAUCAAACGUGUUAUGGCCGCUAUUGAGAAAGUACGAAAAUGGGAGAAAAAAUGGGUGACGGUUGGAGACACUUCACUGCGCAUCUUCAAAUGGGUUCCAGUCACUGAACCAAAGUCAGACGAUAAGAACAAAAAGAAGAAGGGCAGAGAGGAGAAAUAUGGAUCGGAGGUGACGACUCCAGAGAACAGUUCCUCUCCGGGAAUGAUGGACAUGCACGAUGAGAACAGUAAUCAGAGUUCAAUAGCCGAUUCGUCUCCGGUGAAGAUGGAGAACAGCUGUAGCACGAGCCCGACACCAGAGGCCACUGCUGCUGCUCACGCUGAUGGAAACAAGUGCAAGGCAGAACAUACGCCAUCCCCUGACAAAGGGAAUUGUAACUCUACCCUUUCAGAGACCUCAACAAGCAAAAAAGAUCCUCAGUUAUCAGGGGAGAAGGAGUCCCCGUCAGACACCUCGACAAACACUCAGGAAAGUGAAGAUGGUUCCCCACCCACAAAGAAGAGUAAAGUGGAAUCAUCUUCUCAGGACUUAGAUAACUAAAGCUGACUAGUUUGCUCCCACUUGUUUCAAACACAUCACUGUCACAAACCAAUGAGGAAACACGACCCACUCGACCAACCAUUCCUGAUCUUCAAGUACAGCUUCACCCGGUUCUUCAUCUUCUCACCUGGAGCGAACGUUUGCAGACGCCACUGUGCCGUUGGCUCGAGGCCGACGGCAAACACUGACCUGAUCCUGUGAGAAACCUGCAGCCUCGCUCCAUCCGACUCAUGCACGAUAUACAGCGUUAGUUUAACAGUACUGAGAGUGAAUGCACUGCAUAGAUUUGUCAAGAUAAAAGAUGGAUUUGCUGCUGUGAUCAUCUUUGUUUUAAGUCUUUUAUUAUUUAAUUCAAUGACUCUACUAGUUGUUUUUCUAACUACUUUGCAGGUUGUUGUUCGGUUUUAGUGCAGGUGUUUGGUUUGUUCAUAGAUUCUCUACUGGUUUGUGUGCCUUCUGGCUCCAUGAUGUGUGCGCUUUUUAUUUUUUAUUUUUUUGUGACUUUUGUUUUUUUAAGCUUUCUAAAGCAUCACUGCUUUUUAAGGGGAGGAAAUCGUUUUUGUUACAUGUCAAAAAUGACUCAAUAUAUACCUCAUUUCCAAACCAGCUGAGCUGGAACUUAAUUCUUGAUUGAUGGAUAAUAAAUCCAAUUCACUGAACACAAUCUGGCAGUUUUUAAAUGAUGUCAUUUUCAACAAUAAAUCCACUCUGACUUCAAUGUGAUGUAGCAACGUACAAGGAACUCGCAAUGAAAUACUCUAGAUAAAUUGGGACCAUGUUUUCUUGAAAUUAUUUUGUCUUGUACAGCUGAUGAAUUAUGGUUUUAUUUAUUUCAUCAUUAGUGCUUGAUUUUAGCAUAUUCAAUUUGUUUUAAUAAAAAAUGUUAACUAAA